AUAGACACAUUUUUAAAAAUUACAGAUACAAGGACAAAUUUAUCACUUAUUGGGGACACUGAUGCAGAUUAUCAAUUUUUAAAAAUCUAUUUUAUGGGCAAUUCAGAUGCGGAAGUUGAUAAUCGUUGUGCUCACAAUCCAACAGUGAAGAGAAUUACAAUCAGUCCAUGAAUUACAAAUGUUUCUUAAUCAGAAUAACAAUUUAGUACACAUGUUUAAAUAGCAUUGGAUCGAAUGCCAUCUGAUAGCCAUAAUAUUAUCAUUCGAGCUGACAAAACACCUGCCGGUAAACACACAAGGAGGUUCAAUUCACCUACCAUUGAUGAAGUGGCUGUUGUCAUUGUGGGAGAAAAUUUACAAUCUAGAGAUAUUGUGCUUCAUCGUCGAAAUAGUGAUUUAAAACGUGUAUCUGAAACACACAAGAGUUAUGAUGCACUACAAUAUCCUUUGAUCUUCUGGCAGGGGGAAGAUGGAUACCAUUUUAACAUCAAAAUGGUAAAUCAAGUAACAGGUGCUGAAACCAACAAAAAAGUUAGUGCUAUGAAUUUCUAUUCAUACAGACUCAUGAUCCGUCAAGGUGAAGUAAAUCAUAUUUUGAUGUGUCAAAGACUUUUUCAUCAGUUUGCAGUUGGCAUACAUACGUUUGAACCAACGACAGCUACGAUUAGACGAAUGCAUUCAUCUCCGUGAUGCUAUAAAUGCGGAUGGCAAUGUGAAUAAUGUGGAAGGAAUGACAAUAUUGCCAGCCAUUUAUAUAGGAAGCCCACGCAUGAAUA